CACUAGGUUUUAAAAUCUCAAUUACAUAUCAGGUACAGUUUAAUUUGGUGGAACUCUUCUCAGUUUUCUCAGCGCUGCCGCCGCACCCCUCUGUCCGCCACCGACUAAACAAUGGCGUUCGCAACAAUGAAGCCGACAAAGCCGGGGUUGGAGGAGCCCCAAGAGCAGAUUCACAAGAUCCGCAUCACUCUGUCCUCCAAAAAUGUCAAAAAUCUCGAGAAAGUUUGUGCUGACCUUGUACGUGGUGCCAAGGACAAGAGGCUGAGAGUCAAAGGACCAGUCAGAAUGCCUACAAAGGUUCUCAAAAUCACCACCAGGAAGUCUCCUUGCGGUGAAGGAACAAACACAUUCGAUAGGUUUGAGCUGCGUGUGCACAAGCGAGUGAUUGAUCUUUUCAGCUCACCAGAUGUUGUGAAGCAGAUUACUUCAAUCACCAUUGAACCUGGUGUAGAGGUCGAAGUUACCAUUGCUGACUCCUAGAUGAUCCGCACUGUUGCUGUAUUAUGCUUUUGUUAGUUUGGAGCUUGUUUAUUCAUCGACCUUUCAAAUGUUUGAAAUUCGAAUAUAAGAUUGUUUCUGAACUAAUGAAUUUAAGUUUUGUAACAAUGCUUUUUUAAGGCAUUUAAUUUUUAAAA